AUGCUGUCCGUCCUCAACGCCCAGAACAAGGCGGGCAACACGGCGCUGCACUGGGCGGCUCUGAAUGGCCACCUCGAGGCUGUGAAGGUGCUGCUGGACGAGGGGUCGGAUCCUACGAUUGCGAAUCAGAAGGGCCAUGAUGCGGUGUAUGAGGCCGAGUUGAAUGACAAGAAGGACGUUGUGGAGUGGGUGUUGAAGGAGGGUGGAGAGGGCCUGGAAGCGGGAGUGGGCGGUGGUGCUGGAGAGGGAAGCGCGGAUGCAGACGAGGAUAUGAGUGACGGGGAGGCACAGGCGGAUGAUGGGAGGGGAGAAGCGGCUGAUAGGAAGGGCAUCGAGGAGAAGCUGAAGGAGUUGGUUGUUGAGGAUGGAAAGAAGUGA